GUCAGUACAGCACGCGCCGCCCGAGUGCGCGGUCGUGUGCAGCGGAAUCUGCGCGUGCGCAACGCCAUUUGCGCAAUAAUCAGCUGAUAGUCGCUUGUCGUGUGUAUAGCGAAUUAUCGAAUAAACAAAACUUGUAGUGCUUCCGAUUUAAGUGUGCAUCUAAUAUUUACCGAGUUUUGUUAGAAGCUGCUACAAAUUCAAGGGCUUCCCUAAUUCGGUCGCAUUAUUGUUUCCGUUUAGUGAUGGUGUGAUGUGGUAGUGGUAACGAUGGACCCGUCUAACCCGUCGCUGCGGCUGCGCGGCAGUGACAAGAAAGCCGAGCUGAACAUGUGUACCAGCGCCAUGUCGCCGGAGACGCAGCGCCUGCUGCCGCCCACCAGCGAGACCAUUAUGACCAAGCCCUUCCCUAUCAGAGGUGAACGUGCAAACUACGUAAACAUUCCCCAUGUGAUCGCCAUGGUCGGGCUGCCAGCGCGUGGCAAGACGUAUAUCUCUAAGAAACUGUCAAGAUACCUCAACUGGAUAGGAAUUAAUACUAGAGUAUUCAACCUGGGCGAGUACCGGCGGCACGCGACUACCGCGUACACCAGCCACGAGUUCUUCCGCGCUGACAACAAGGAGGCCAUGGCCAUCCGACAACAGUGCGCGCUCGACGCGCUGCACGACGUCUGCGAGUGGCUCGUCAAGGGCGGCGAGGUCGCGGUGUUCGACGCAACAAACUCGACGCGGGAGAGGCGGCGGAUGAUCAGGGACAUAGUGGUGCACAAGAUGGGCUUCAAACUGUUCUUCGUGGAGUCCAUAUGCGACGACCCCAGGAUUAUAGAACAGAAUAUUAUGGAGGUGAAGGUGAGCAGCCCCGACUACACCAACAUCCAGAACACGGACAACGUGCUGAAUGACUUCCUGCUCCGGAUAGAACACUACAAGGAGAAGUACGAGCCGCUCGAGGAGAGCCUCGAGUCGGAGUGUAGCUUCAUGAAGAUCUACGACACGGGCGAAAAGGUGGUGGUGCACAAGCACGAGGGCCACAUACAGAGCCGCAUCGUCUACUACCUCAUGAACAUACACAUCGUACCCCGGACUAUAUACCUCACGAGGCACGGCGAGAGCAUGCACAACCUGGUCGGUCGCAUCGGCGGCGACAGCGAGCUGUCGGCCCGCGGGCGCGCGUACGCCGGCGCGCUCGCCAAGUACAUCUCCGCGCAGGACAUUCCGCACCUGCGUGUGUGGACGUCGUGGAUGCGCCGCGCCAUACAGACCGUGCACGACGUGCGAGCGCCGCAGGAGCGGUGGAAGGCGCUCAACGAGAUCGACGCCGGCAUCUGCGAGGAGAUGACGUACGCGGAGAUCCAGGCGAAGUAUCCGUCCGACUUCAACGCGCGCGACGCCAACAAGUUCGCGUACCGCUACCCGCGCGGCGAGAGCUACGAGGACCUGGUGGCGCGCCUGGAGCCCGUCAUCAUGGAGCUGGAGCGGCAGGGCAACGUGCUGGUGGUGUCGCACCAGGCGGUCAUGCGCUGCCUGCUCGCCUACUUCCUGGACAAGAGCGCCGAUGAGCUACCGUACUUACACGUACCGCUGCACACGGUGAUCAAGCUCACGCCCGUCGCGUACGGCUGCCGCGAGGAGCACAUCAAACUGUCCGUCGACGCCGUCGACACGCAUCGCCCCAAGCCCGCUGUGAUACCAGCCCCGCCCAUCGAGCCGCCCGUGCCGCCCAUAGUGAACGGAGAUACGAAUGGAGAUGACGAAGAAAAUCAUUAGACUUGUUUUAAUAAUAAAAACUAUGUUAUACGCUGCAGGAGAUCGUGCUUACCCGCUCACUCAUUAUGCGGGUGAGCGAGAUAGCAUGACGUCCAGUAUAGUUCAAUGUUAUAUUUAACCAAUCAGGUAACGGGCAUGUUGAGUUGAUGAUUUUGAGACUGAUUUGUGAGGUAAGUCGAUAUCUAGAGGGAUGCUAAAUGAAAUUUCAUAGCCGUAGGCGCAUGGAGUCACAUGACCAUAGACAAUUUGUUGUUUCUAAACGACACUGCACAGUAUGAUGGCGACAUCUAAUAUAUAUAUUAUCUGUAUUUUGUUGCGGAUAUUUGCACAUCACGUCGUCUUGUACCGAAUCAACAAAAGCGUUGCCUUUUGAUGUUUGAGACAGAAGAUCUGUCAGCAGUGUUGCCAGCCAUGUAAA